AUGGAACCCUCUUCACAUAAAAAAAAGAAAUCCUCUAAAAAGGAUUAUGAAGAAUGGAAGAGGAAGAAGAUAGAAAAGAAGCAUAGGAGGGCAGAAGAAGGUAGAGGAGAUUCUUCUAAAAGAAAAAAGAAGUAUCGAAAUUUUAAUAAAUCCGAUACUUGCCACAAAUGUGGAAGAUAUGGCCAUUAUGCCAAAGACUGCAGAGUUAAGGAGAAAAUUAAGAGCCUUGACAUAGAGGACAAUAUAAAGGAUUCUCUUUAUAAGAUCAUGCUUAAUUCUGACUCCGAAUCAAGAUCAGAAUACAGCAGCAGAGAUGAUUCUUCGACAAGUGAGGAUCUCAAAGCCCUUCAGCAGGAGGAUUAUUUAACCUCUGACAAUGAAUGUUCACCAUGCCAACAAGGGAUGGCAUACCCUGAAAUUAGAGCUCAGAUCAUCGAUAAGAUCAGUGACUCUAAAGAAAAAGAUUUUACUACUCAAAGGGAUGAUACUCCUAAAGAAAUUCUAACCAAGGAAGGUUCAUAUACUAUGGCAGAGGUAAAAAAUCUCUUAUCAGAAAGGAGAAAAAUGAUAAGCUCUCCUACUACUAUUAGUGACCUGAAAAAAGAGAUUGAUAAUCUCAAAGAAGAUAUUACUCUUCUUAAAGAAAAGAAUGUUGUUAUAGAGGUCAGACUUGAUGCUAUUCAGACCCUCAGAAAUUUGGAUAACGCUUCUGAAUCAUCGUCCUCUAUGGAAG